AUGGACCAAGAUCACUCGAGCGAAUCAACGCAUCAUAGGCGCCUCCGCGAGAUGUUUCGACUUUUUCAGCGUUCAAAAAAGCAAAAAGAGAAAACAAAAGAAAGCUCUAACGAGGAGGAACCAAGAGAAUCAAAGUCGCCACCACCUCCACCGCCGCCAGUAGCACGACCGCGACGUAUUCCUUCUCCCGAGAAAGUGCAGAUUGCAGGUGUUAGGUCGCCAGUGCAAGGUCGAGCUCGUUCGCCGAGCAAAGAAAGGAGUAGAAGCUCUUUUCAGUCAAAGAAGCUAGGCAGUAUUGAGACUGCUACUACAGUCGAGGAGGAUGAAACCAUAGACGAGUCAGCAUCAGCGCGAAAGCGACGGCUGAUACAGAAAAAAUACGGUUUGUACUGUUUAUAA